AUGGCGCUUGCUCGGGGCAGUUGCGCCAAAUCUGAUCUCGACAAGCUGGGUCUGGCCGAACUUGAUCCUGAGAAGGUUGGACUUGGCGGCACUGAUCCAGCCGCUGAAGAACAGUACCAUCUUGAAUUCGCCACGAACCGCUACAGACCGGCCGCGUAUGCUGGCAGGGUCGACGAAUUUCUUGCUGAGCUAUUCCAUCCUGCUCCGACGCCCUUGGUUCUGGAUCACCACCUGGCCGUGACGAGCGGGGGUCCGAUUCGGCCUGUCCGAGCAUGGAAUCUUGACUAA